AUGGAACCAAGGAACAAUAUAUCUUACUUUGUCCUCUUGGGCCUCACAAAGAAUCCAAAGGAGCAAAAAGUCCUUUUUGUUAUGUUCCUGGUCUUUUACAUUUUGACUGUACUGGGCAACUUUCUCAUUAUCAUUACUGUAACUAUCAGUAAGACUCUGAACUCACCGAUGUACUUUUUUCUUGCUAGCUUAUCAUUUAUGGAUGUUACUUAUUCUUCUUCCAUUACCCCCAGAUUGAUUUCAGACUUAUUGAUCUCAGACUUGUUCUUUGGAGAAAAAACCAUAACCUUUAAAUCUUGUAUGGCUCAGUUGUUUACAGAGCACCUUUUUUCUGGAUCAGGGGUCUUCCUUCUGCUGGUGAUGGCCUAUGACCGCUAUGUGGCCAUCUGUAAGCCCUUGCAUUAUUUGGUGAUCAUGAGGCAGAGGGUGUGUGUUUUACUGCUGGUGGUGUCCUGGGUUGGAGGUUUCUUGCACUCAGUAAUUCAACUUAGUACUAUUUAUGGGCUCCCUUUCUGUGGUCCCAAUGUCAUUGAUCACUUUCUCUGUGACAUGUACCCUUUAUUGAAACUCGUCUGUACUGACACCUAUGUCAUUGGCGUCUUAGUUGUGGUCAAUGGAGGACUGAUUUGCACUGUUGUGUUUCUGCUCUUACUUGUCUCCUACGGAGUCAUCCUGCACUCUCUGAAGAACCUGAGUCAGGAAGGGAGGCGGAAAGCCCUCCAGACCUGUGGUUCCCACAUCACUGUGGUUGUCUGCUUUUUUGUUCCCUGUAUUUUCAUAUAUGUAAGACCUGCUAAGACCUUCUACAUUGAUAAAUCAUUGAGUGUGUUCUAUACAGUUAUAACCCCCAUGCUGAACCCACUAAUCUACAGUCUGAGAAAUUCUGAGUUAACUUAUGCUAUGAAGAAGCUCUGGAAAAGAAGCAUCAUAUCCCAUAUUAAAUAA